UUUGCCACCUGUAUAGGAGAGUACGGGUGUUGUGUUUUGGCUGCCAGCUAAGGCUUGUGUUUUGGCUGCUAGCUAAGGCGUUGUUUCCGUGUAUUUCAUUAUAGGAGAUGUCGAUUUGGGUUUGGUUUGGUUUUGUGUUUCCGUUGCUGAUGAGGGAAUUCGGUUUGAUUGCUGCUAUGGGUGAGAUUGGGUGGUAUGGUUUCAAUUCCUUUUUUUGCACUGUUGCCUUUGAUUUGUAGAUAUGGCUUUUAUUAGCUGGCCUGAUUUUGGAUUUGUUUGUUUGGGUUGCUUUAUUGCCUUGCAUGAUUGGUUUUUGAUUUGUGUGUUAGGAAUGUACCUAGGUCUGUUAAUUGCGUGGUUAGGAAAUAGAUUUGUGUGUUAGGAAUGUACCUAGGUCUGUUAAUUGCGUGGUUAGGAAAUAGAUUUGUGUGUUAAGGUAGCACAAAGCCUUGGGGACUACUCAACUGUACUUCUAAGAAGAAUGCAAAGGACGUACAGUGAUUAGUUUAGGUUUACCCUUGUGGGUAUAGUCGGUUAAAUAGAGAUAGGGGUUGCUGGGGUUUUCAUAUAUUCAUUUUGGGAUUUCUGGAUAUGGUGUUCUGAGAUUGGUUUGUAAAGGUUUGAUCAAUGUGUUUGGUGCUUUGGUGUACUUAGGAGCCACUGUGUAUUGUUUAAUGUGCAGGGUAUUCUGAGGUUAUGGCUAGACGAUCAAACAAGGUCUGUGUUCCUUUCCAGCCUCUGUUGGAAAAGAUUGUUUCUUGGCUCCAGUUUCCACCUCCAUCCUAUGGAUUCGUAGAUGCUACUAAGAACAAUGCCUUUGUUCGGGUUGGCCGUCCAAAUACACGUUCAAGGUUUAUUUUCUAUGGUGGAGAUGCCAGUUCGGUAGAAGAGUCUCAUGAGCGAGCAGCUCACAAGGCUGUGAAACGAUUGAUAGGUCGGUUUAAUGUUCGAGUAGAUGAUUUCACACAUGAACGCCUUAAGAUGUAUCGUCUAUGUGUAAAGCUCUAUAAAAAUAGAUGCGCUGAAUUAGUCCAGGAGAGAGAGGCCCUUAACCGCAUACGAUCAGAAUGCAUUUCAGGGGAGAAUGCAGCAUUUCAUGAUACCCAUGUUUUAGUUGAUUUUGUACAAUUCCUGGGUGUUUUGGUAAGGAAAACUGGUGUCACUGCAACUGCUAUAGAGACUACUAUGGUACAGGGACAUGGUUAUAUUUCUUGGCUUAUGGUAAGCUGUCCUCAUACCGUUAUUGCCAUGGAGUGCAUUUUUAGUGAUCCUUGUGCUGAAGCGGCUAUAGCUGAGCAACGAGUUGCGAAGAAAGCAUCAUUUUUCAUUGCUUCUCAAUUUCAUUUGGAAAUAGUUGAUGCAAACUAUGGGACUGCAUCAAAGCUGAGUGCUGGAUGUUCUUUGAUGCGGGAAAAGUAUCUGAUCCUGAAAGGACAUCUUGAAUGUUUAGAAAGGGGUUCUAAACAAUCUGAUCCUGCUAAUUGUGUAGGGGUUGAUUGCUGUGUGACACCAACUGCUGAAGAAUCACAGAUACCGGUUGUUGCUCUUCCACCGAGUCGUCCGCUUAAACGUAGAAUUGUUGUGGAAGGAAGCUCUAAGAAUGCUAUGGAAGUAGAGACCUCAGAGCGCCUUGUUACCGGUCUGCCAGAUUUAGAGACUGUAUUUAAGCGUUCUAUUGUUGAUUAGCUAUGUGCCAUAGAGCAUGCUUGUUUUGGAUGUUGGAUAUAAGGACUUGUAUUUAGUUGUUAGGGUCCCUUGCUAUAAUAGUAGUAUUAGUAUGCGCCUUUUGCUUAUUAGUAGUUGUUGUCUUAGAAUCAGAUUGUAGCUUGUAUUUUGGUUGUUUUGGCAUCUCUGUUGAUGUAAGGAAUUUCGUAUUUUCAGCA